AUGGAUUUGAAAAACCCAAUUGCUCUAAGUUGGGUUGUUUUAUUUUUGUUAUACAAUAGCGCGCUUUAUCUAAUAAUUUUUUAUUGUGCUGCAAAAAUUAGGAAAGCAAUUACUGAACAAAUGGCACAUAUGGAGAUAUCUAAACGUUCGGGGGAAUUAAAUGGACAAAUUACUAGAACUCUUCUUAUUCAGGCCAUAUUACCAGCAUUUCCUUUAUUAAUAAGUUCGUUGGCUGUUAUUUCUAUAUUUUUUUCUUCUGAUUUAAUGGGAACAAUAUUUCUUACAUUACAAUUAUUUGUUACACUACCUUUAAAUUGGGCCCCAAUGUUAAAUCCUUUUGUUAGUUUAAUGGUUGUUAAGCAUUAUAGAAGAUGUAUUAUUUUACUUUUAAGAAGAUUUCUUUUUGGAGAGAAGAAAUCCCUCAUGGAAGAUGAGAAAACAAAAGUUAAAAUAAUUAAUGUAGCAAGAGCUAAUAGAAUGAUUAAAUCAUGGCAUGAAAAUGAAAAAAAGAAUAACAACAAUCAUCCUUUAACGGCACCACCACGUUUAAAUAAAAAUUAA